AUGAACGCCGAUUCUGUAGAUAAUGGUGAUAUUACAGUUAUACAUUCAUUUACCGAGGAGAUUACUCACGUCGAUAAUCAACAAAACGAGAAUUCAACACAAAAUCAAACUAAUGCAACAAAAUCUGUCGGAGUUACUAAGAAAAUGAAGAAGUUGCCAAUGACUCCAACAGCUUUGAAACAUUCGUGUUGGUCAAGACAUCGAACUUCAACAGCUGUAGGUGCAUUUGCUCUCUUCACAAGUCUAGCAAUAACUGUUAGUGUAUUGGUGGUUUGUUUCACUUUACCAAAAGCAAAAGUUCAACAGUGUGAACUAAAAUUUACACAAACUCCACAGAACCCAAUCGAAUACAACUUUGGCCCUCGAUCUGUUGCCGUUGGCAAUUUCGAUGGUGAUGAACAAUUAGAUAUUGUUGUUGCUAAUCGUGUCGAUGAUAGUAUAUCUAUAUUUCUUGGAUAUAAUAAUGGUGUUUUUUCAAGUAAUAUGAUGUAUUCGACCGGUUUACAUUCUGCACCAUACAUGGUAGCCAUCGGUGAUUUUAACAACGAUCAUCACACGGAUAUUGCUGUCGCAUAUUUCGGUACUAAUAGCAUCGGUAUAUUUCUUGGAGGUGGAAACGGCUCUUUCAUCAAUGAAACAGUAAUCUCAACUAAUUCAUCUCGCCCAAUUUGGAUACAUAUAGCUGAUCUCGAUAAUGACACAUCAUACGAUAUUAUUACUGCUAAUUAUGGAACUGAUAGUAUUAGCAUAUUUUAUGGAUUUGGAAAUGGAACGUUUUCAUAUCCAGUCACAUAUUCAACUGGAUAUGAUUCUUCGCCAUUCUCGGUCAUCAGUGCAGAUUUUAACAAUGAUAAUCAUUUAGAUCUUGCUAUUGCAAAUUACGGCACAAAUAAUAUAGGUAUAUUUAUUGCAAAUGGCAACAGAACCUUUUUACAUCAACAGAUAUUUUCAACUGGAAUUAAUUCACAUCCAUAUUCACUCACCGUUGGGCAUUUUAAUAAUGAUAACUUAUUGGAUAUCGCUGUCGCUAAUAAUGGAGCAAACAAUGUCGGUGUACUUCUAGGAAACAACAACGGCAUUUUUACAAGUCAAACAACAUAUUCGCUUGAUACUUCCUCACCAUAUUCUAUUAAUCUGGGCGAUUUUAACAAAGACAAUCGACUUGAUUUAGUCGUCAGUAAUAAAGGUACUAAUAACAUAGGCGUAUUGCUGGGAAUUGGCAAUGGUAGUUUUUCUCAACCAACAAUGAAUUCAACCGGUUCCUCUUCUUCUACCUCACUUGCUGCAGUCGAUUUCAAUAAAGACAAUCUACUCGAUGUAAUUAUAAUCAGCAAUGAUACUGGCAGUAUAGGAAUUCUUUUUGGUUAUGAUGAAGGCUUUCAACCACAAACUACGUAUUCAACUGGCUCUCUGCCAUCGUCUGUAGUUGUUGGUGAUUUCAACAAUGACACACGACUAGAUAUCGUCGUUGCUAAUACGAAGAACAACACUGUAAGUGUACUUCUCGGUUAUGGCAAUGGUUCUUUUGCAAAUCAAACUACCUAUUCAACUGGCCGCUCACCAUCUUCUGUAGCUGUUGGUGAUUUCAACAAUGACAAUCGACUGGAUAUCAUCGUUGCCAAUGCGGAUGACAACACUACAAGUGUACUUCUCGGUUAUGGCAAUGGUUCUUUUGCAAAUCAAAUUACGUAUUCAACUGGCUCAUCGCCAUCGUCUGUAGCUGUUGGUGAUUUCAACAAUGACACUCGACUAGAUAUCGUCGUUGCGAAUUAUAAUGAUAGCACUGCAAGUGUACUUCUCGGAUAUGGCAAUGGUUCUUUUGAAGAUCAAAGUACAUUUAUAACUGGUCCUUAUCCGACUUUUGUAGCUGUUGGUGAUUUCAAUAAUGACACUCAAAUGGAUAUUAUCGUUGCUAAUUCAGACAGCAAAAGUGUAAGUUUACUUCUCGGCUAUGGCAAUGGUUCUUUCGCAAACCAAACUACAUAUUCAACUGGCGAUUAUUCAAAUUCUGUAGGUGUUGGUGAUUUCAACAAUGACACUCGACUAGAUAUCGUCGUUAUCAAUCAGAAUGAGGACACUGUAAGUGUACUUCUCGGUUAUGGCAAUGGUUCUUUUGCAAAACAGACUACCUAUCCAACUGGCCCUAGUCCAGUUUUUGUAGCUGUUGGUGAUUUUAACAAAGACACUCUACAGGAUAUCAUCAUUGUUAGUCGAGGUGCCAACAAUGUUGGUGUACUUCUCGGAUAUGGCAAUGGUUCUUUUGCAAAACAAAUUACGUAUUCAACUGGCUCUUUUCCAUAUUCUAUAGCUGUUGGUGAUUUCAACAAUGACACUCGGGCUGAUAUUGUCGUUACCAAUCAGGAUAACAGCACUGUAAGUGUUUUGCUUCAUUAUAGCAAAGGAUCGUUAGGUAACGAAAUAACAUUUGCAGCUGGUGGUGGUUCUCGUCUACAAUAUGUUGCUGUCGAUGAUUUAAACAAUGAUACGAUGUUAGAUCUUGUCGUCGUUAAUUAUGGUACUAAUGAUAUUGGUAUACUUUUUGGAAAUGGUAAUGGAUUAUUUGCAGAACAGAAAACAUUUCCAACGGGCUCAAAUCCAGAUUCACUUGCUAUAGGUGAUUUUAAUAACGAUGGUCAAUAUGAUUUUGCUGUAGCUAAUUAUGGUAGCAAAAACAUUGAUAUACUUGUUGGAAAUGGAAAGGGAACAUUUACACGUCAAAUAACUGAUGGAUCUAACUUGAUUUUCGCUCCUGUAGUUGUUACUGCUGGUGACUUCAACAAUGAUGGACAAUCAGAAAUCAUUGUCGCAUAUGACAAUACUGAUAAUAUAGAUCUAUUUGUUACAUUUGAUCCUGGGGCUUUUACAAAUCAAGUUACGUAUUCAGCUGGCUCUUCACCACAGCCUAUAGCUGUUGGUGAUUUCAACAAUGACACUCGACUAGAUAUCGUCGUUGCUAAUUAUUAUGAUAGCACUGUAAGUGUACUUCUCGGAUCUGGUAAUGGUUCUUUUGAAAAACAAGUUACGUAUUCAACAGGCCGCACACCAUAUUCUUUAGCUGUUGGUGAUUUCAACAAUGACACUAGACUGGAUAUCGUCGUUGUUAAUUUAUUUGACAACACUACAAGUGUACUUCUCGGAUAUGGCAAUGGUUCUUUUGCAAAUCAAAAUACCUAUUCAACUGGCCGCUUACCAUCUUCUGUAGCUGUUGGUGAUUUCAAUAAUGACACUCUACUGGAUAUCGUUGUUACCAAUCAGAAUGACAACACUGUAAGUGUAAUUCUCGGUUAUGGCAAUGGUUCUUUUGCAAAACAAAUUACGUCUUCAACUGGCUCUUCUCCAUAUUCUAUAGCUGUUGGUGAUUUCAAUAAUGACACUCGACUAGAUAUCGUUGUUGCUAAUCAAAAUGACAACACUGUAAGUGUACUUCUCGGAUACGGUAAUGAUUCUUUUGAAAAACAAAUCACGUAUUCAACUGGCACUUGGCCAUCUUUCGUAACUGUUAGUGAUUUUAAUAAUGAUUCUCGACUGGAUAUUGUUGUUGCUAAUGGAUAUGACAACACUGUGGGUAUAUUUCUCGGAUAUGGCAAUGGUUCUUUUGCAAAUCAAACUAACUAUCCAACUGGUCCUUAUCCAUCUUCUAUAGCUAUUGGUGAUUUCAACAAAGAUACUCGACUGGAUAUCAUCGUUAGUAAUUCGAAUGGGAACACUAUAAGUGUACUUCUAGGUUAUGGUAAUGGUUAUUUUACAAAACAAGCUACGUAUUUAGCUGGUUCAAUUCCAUAUUCUGUAGCUAUUGGUGAUUUCAACAAUGACGCUCGACUAGAUAUCGUCGUUACUAAUUCGAACGGUAACACUGUAAGUAUAUUUCUUGGUUAUGUAAAUAAGAUUUUCCAAUAUCAAAUGACACUGAUAACUGGUAAGAGUUCUAUUCCGCGAUCAUUGACCGUUGGCGAUUUUAAUAAUGACUCUUAUAUGGAUAUCGCAGUUACGAAUACAGGCACCAAUAAUAUUGGUAUUUUUCUUGGAUUUGGUAAUAAUUCUUUUUUAAAUCAAACAACGUUUCCAACGGGCUCCGGUCCAUGGUCUUUAGCUGUUGCUGACUUAAAUAAUGAUACUCGAUUAGAUAUGAUUGUCAGUAAUAUUAAUGAUAGUAAUAUCAGUGUAUUUCUCGGUUAUGGCAAUGGAUCUUUUAUGAAUCAAACAAUAUAUUCAACUGGAAUUAACGCUGAACCUUACUCAGUUGCCAUUGGUGAUUUCAAUAAUGACACCUUAUUAGAUAUUAUUGUCGCUAAUUAUCGUGCUAGCAAUGUAGUUAUAUUGUUUGGAUCUGGUGGUGGUAGAUUUACAAAUUCAAAAGUAUAUUUUGUUAGUUAUGGAUCUUUCCCGUUUUCUGUUGUUGUUGGAACUAUGAAUUCAAAUGAUACUUUACUAUUAGAUGGAAAUUCAAGGGAUAAACAAUACGAUAAACAUUUUACUUAUAUUGAUGAUAAAGGGAAAAGUUUUAUUUAUGGUGGUAUUAAAUAUUGUCGAUCAUGUGGGUGGAAACGUUUUGCAAUUAAAAUUGUUGGAAAAUAUGAAAAUGAAGUAUGGCUUGGAUCAAAUAAUAGUCCUGAUCAUUGA